GGCGCACCUCUAAAAAUUCCAUUAGCAGCGCAAAAUUCAAGAUGGCGACCCCCGGUGACGCCGUCGCCAAUAGCAAUGAAUCUGUCAUGCAAGACCUGCAAAAACAGCUGGCUGUGGCGAAAAUCAGCGUGCCCGAGAUGUCAACACUUGCACAGAAAGGCAAUGAAACGCUGGUAGAGAAAUUCCUGUCAGAGAGUGUUGAAGUCCAUGGGGACUCGGAAAAUAUUCGUCAAAGCCAACUUUACAUCGCUGCUUUCUGGGGGUUUCACGAUGUGAUCAAAACGCUCAUCCAAGCUGGCGCGGAUGUCAACUAUCAGAACAAAGACACCUUGUGGACUCCGCUGCACGCAGCUGCAUUCCAAGAACACGGAAAGAUCAUAAUGAUUCUUCUGGAGAAUGGUGCCAAGCCAGAAAUCCCAGACAAGGAAGGAAGGUCAGCCAAAGACUUUGCGUCAGCGUCUGAUAAGAUCUGGUCCCACUUUGCCGUCCUAGGCUGCAAACGGACGUCGAAAAUAGACCUCAUAGAAAAGGGAAUCAUCAAAAAGGUAACAGCGCCCCCUUCAGCAUCAAGAAACACCCCUUCACCUUCAUCCAUGAUGCCAGGCGGGAUGCGUAUGGCAUCAUUGUCAAGGCCUGGGUCAGCCUAUGCUAUCAGGCCAGAUCCAUUUGUCAAAGCCAAGAAAAAUCCAAAUGACUCAUCUCAAAUGUUCGCAGCAUUAGGGGGAGAUGUGUUAGCGGACGAAAAGCCACCAACUACGGAUGGAAAGACACAAGCGCAAUCUCAGGACCCAUCUUUCUCCGUCUGGAGGAAUUAGUGAAACCUUGUUUGUUAGGAUGCGUGUAUUUCCAAAUCUGUUUUAAGUAUUGGUUGGUCGUAGUAGGCAUGUGGCCACAAUGGACUGGUGGAUGCCAUGGACAGUGGCCGCUAUGGACAGUGGC